CCCCUCUGCCCCCGCCGCGCCAGAGCUGAGGCGGAGCGGAGCUGCACCUCCCCCGCCUGAUGCUGCGGAGAGGAGAGCGAGUGGGGUUUUGUUGCCUGAUCAGGGAGCGCUGAGCGGAACCGCGGGUGCGACCAUGGCCAAGUCCAAGAACCACACCACGCACAACCAGUCCCGCAAGUGGCACAGAAAUGGCAUCAAGAAGCCCAGAUCCCACAGAUACGAAUCUCUCAAAGGGGUCGAUCCCAAGUUUCUGAGGAACAUGAGGUUUGCAAAGAAACACAACAAAAAGGGGCUGAAGAAGAUGCAGGCCAACAAUGCCAAGCAGGCAGCUGCUCAGCAGAAAAAGGACUGACGUGGUUUAAGACACAGAACCAAUUCUCCUGUUGGCAUGAGUGUUACAGCAUUUUUGUAAAAAUAAAAUUGGGUGUAACAAAGUCUUCACCUCCCAGAUUUGAGGAGAACCCUG